CAGAACCAAAUAUCUGAAUUCUGAAGAAAAGAAGAGUUUUGAUUCCAGAUGAUAUUGUUUAUACAAAAAAAAUACAGAACAAACACGUCUCUGAAGCCAACAAAGAAAGCCAAAUAAUACAAACCUACUACUAUACCCAAUUGUUAAUUAAACAAAGUUGUAAUUGGGGAAUACGUGGGAGUCUCGAAGGGGAAGGAGAAGACCCGGAAAGGAAGGGGCAAAAAACGAAGAGAAGAGUUCAAAGGAAAGGGGGCAGUUCCGUAAUUAGUAGUUGGUUUGUCUAUGGGGGAAAGAAGAGCAGUUAGUUAAACGUGCAAAGAAGAGCAGCUCUUCCCAUUUUCCAAACACAUAAACCGCGCACGCACCCAUCAAACAAGCUUUGGUUUUGGUCAUUCCCACAAUCUUUUCGUUUUCUCGUUCGCAAACAACAAAACACCUUUUUAUCUUUUUCUUCUUUGAUCAAGAUGUAUCAUCGCAUUCCGUCGUUAAUGGAGCCGUUUCUACGGAGUGUCUCUGACCGUUGGCCGGUCAUCGCUCAGGCUGCCACGUGGACUGUGCUCCUCAUGUUCACGGUCGCCGUCGCUUCGUUUGCUCCUGAGAUGGCGUUUGUGUCUACGGUGUCUUCCUCGUGCGGAGGAGGAGAUGGGUUCGUGAAGAUACCGGUGGAUUUUGCUGGGGAGAGUGUGUGCGUGCCGUCUAGCAUGGUGAAGAGAUCGCGUUUCGAUUUGUUUGUGCCUUCGAUCUUUGCUGCGGUUAUGGUCACGGCGUCGGCUUGUUUGAUCCGAUCGUGUAUUGGCACGGAGAAUGCGGAUCAUUUAUAAACCAAAACAUAACAAAAAAAACUUGUAAAUUCGUUAAUAAUUUUGUAUUCAGUUACAUAAACAACACAUUCACCGUUUCCUUUUAAUUUUUCCAAAUUCAGACAUGAUAAGAU